AUGUCGCUCCCGGAGACUGUUGAGGCCAUCGCGAUCGACAAGACGGGGGACAUCGACGUCCUCGUCAAGAAGGCCGUUCCCUUCCCCGUGCAUGCCCCAGGCAAUGUCGUUAUCCAGGUCGCCUAUGGAGGCAUUAACUUCAUCGAUACCUACUACAGGAAGGGCCUGUACCCCAUCAAGUCCUACCCCCAGAUCCUGGGCAUGGAGGCAUCGGGCACCAUCGUGAGCCUGCCCACCGACGCCUCCCUGCUCGAAGACGAGGAGUUCAAGAAGCGCGGCCUCAAAGUCGGCAGCAAAGUCGCCGUCGUCUACCUUGGCGUGCACGCCGAGCUCAUCUCGGUCCCCUGGGCGAAGGUCUUCCCCCUGCCCGAGAACGUGUCGCUGCUCACCGCCGCGGCCGCGGCGCUCCAGGGCCUCACCGCCGUCACCUUCAUCGAGGAGGCGUACAAGCUGCGCGCGGGCGACACCGUGCUCAUCCACACCGUCGCGGGCGGCUUCGGGCUCAUCCUCGCGCAGCUCGCGAAGCACGUCGGCGCGACGGUCAUCGGGACGACGUCGACCGCGGAGAAGGCCGCCGUCGCGCGCGCGCACGGCGCGGACCACGUCAUCUUGUACACCCAGGAGAACGUCGUCGAGCGCGUGCUCGCGCUCACGGGCGGCGAGGGCGUGCACGUCGUGUACGACGGGGUCGGCAAAGAUACCUUCCUCGACAACUUCAAGCUCACACGCCGCAAGGGCACGAUCGUGAGCGUCGGGAACGCCUCCGGCGCGGUCGAACCGAUCGCGCCCCUGAAGCUCGUCGAGAAGAACCUCGCGCUUCUGCGACCAACGAUGGCGAACUAUAUCUACACGCCCGAGGAGGCGCGCUACUACAGCGAGAAGCUGUUCGGAUAUAUUUCAAGUGGAGUUCUUAAGAUCAACAUUCACAAGCAAUAUCCGUUCACUACGGAGGGCGCACAGACGGCGCACCGCGAUUUAACGACGAAGGGCGGCAGCACUAUCGGCAAGUUGUUGUACAACAUAGGGGGUGAAUCAUAA